AUGACGAACCGACCUUCUCAUAGUCGUACCAAUUCGUCCACGGACCAUCGUCCUGCGCAACCAAGUGCCCUUCGUCAAGCUGCAUCGCCGCCAGCUUCGCCUGGACAAGGAGCCACCAUAAACGAGAUAUUCGCCAACGAAUCGACGCCGCUGAUCGAUGGAGAUAACCAGCGCCCGAACCAACGUCGAGGGAGCGUCCAUCCCGCGCAUCCCGGUGUCUGCAGUCAUGGUACUUUCAGUCCACGACCUAUGAGCCCGACAUUGACGAUGAGAAGCACCGACGAGGAUGGCAGCGAGACCGCGGGGUCGGGAACACACAUUCCUGUCCUGGAUAACGCUAUCACAACGAUCGUGGGCCAUGAGGAUUGGAAGAAGUGGUUGAAAAAGAGAAUGCGAACAAAGACCAUGGGCCACAGCAGUAUGCUGGCAGAACAAGCAGGUUUCGAGGACACAGCUUUCAUGUAUCUCGCGUACUAUGUCCCAUGUUUGAAUUGGAUGCGCCAGUACAAGGUUUCUUACCUUCGAGGCGAUCUUAUCGCAGCUAUUACUAUGGCCUCGUUCUAUCUACCGAUGGCCCUGUCACUCGCUGCGAACCUCGCUCACGUCCCUCCGAUUCACGGCCUCUACGCUUUCGUCUUUAACCCUUUCAUCUACGCUUUGCUCGGAUCUUGCCCACAGAUGGUUGUCGGUCCCGAAGCCGCAGGUUCUCUUCUUGUCGGCACCGUUGUCAAGCAGAACGUUGGCUCUGGAGAGGACGAAGAUAAUGAUUUGCUCCAUGCGCAGAUCUGCGGUAUUGUAGCAGGUAUGGCGGGUGCAAUGGUUGUCAUUGCCGGUCUUGCGCGAUUGGGUUUCAUGGACAGCGUUCUCAGCAGGCCUUUCCUGCGCGGUUUCAUCAGUGCUAUCGGUUUCGUCAUUGCCGUUGACCAGCUGAUUCCUGAGUUAGGACUCGCUGAGUUGGCUGACAAGGCGGGCGUUAGCCAUGGUAGCCCAGUAGAAAAGAUCAGGUUCAUCCUUGGCAAUGUCGACAAAGCGCACGGCUUAACAUUCGCCAUUGCUGGAAUUAGCUUUCUUGUCAUCAUGAUUUGCCGUGAACUCAAAAACCGGCUCCAGCCCCGAUACCCCGGUGUCGCGUACGUCCCUGAUCGAUUUGUUGUCGUUGUCGUGUCUGCAAUUCUCUGCUGGCAAUUGGACUGGGACAGCCAAGGCGUUGAGAUUCUCGGACCAGUCAAGGCCGCCAACGGUCAGCUCCUUGCUUUCCAAUGGCCUUUCAAGCUGCAGCACAUGCCGCAUAUUCGAAGUGCCAUGUCGACCUCCUUCCUAAUCGCACUUCUCGGAUUUUUCGAGUCUUCUGUAGCCGCCAAAAGUUUGGGUUCAAGUGAGACCAUUCAGGGUAUCCAGUUGAGCGCAAACCGAGAGAUGAUUGCUCUGGGCAUUGCUAAUAUGGUUGGUGGUUGCUUCAUGAGUCUGCCAGCGUUUGGUGGAUAUGGCCGAAGCAAGGUGAAUAAGAGCACCGGUGGCAAGAGUCCUGCCAGUUCAAUGUUCCUGAGUAUCAUCUCCUUGCUCUCGAUUUUCUUCCUUCUUCCAUACUUUUAUUACCUACCAAAACCCGUACUGUCAUCGAUGAUUUCUGUCGUGGCUUACUCGCUAAUAGAAGAAGCGCCCCACGACAUCAGCUUCUUCCUGAAAAUCCGCGGCUGGACUGAGCUGGGUCUCAUGGCUGUCAUUUUCUUUGCGACCAUGUUCUACUCGCUCACACUUGGCAUGGCAUUCGGCGUUGGAAUCUCGAUGCUCAUGGUCAUCAAGCAUAGUACGCGACCAAGAAUUCAGAUUUUAGGCCGAAUCCCUGGAACAAACCGAUUUGAGAAUGCCGAAGGCGAUAAGGCAAGCCUGGAGUUUGUCGAAGGAUGUCUUAUCGUCAAGAUUCCAGAGCCUUUGACCUUUGCCAACACGGGAGAACUCAAAUCUCGACUCCGCCGGCUGGAACUUUAUGGCACGUCAAAGGCACACCCUGCCCUGCCACGACUCCGUAAUGCUGACAUGAACCGCAACGUCAUCUUCGACAUUCAUGGCGUGACAUCCAUGGACGGUUCAGGUACCCAGGUUUUGACAGAGAUUGUUCGCAACUACACUGAUCGAGGAGUGCGUGUCUACUUCUCCCGAUGCCCAGUACGCAAGGAUCACCCUGUCUGGCGCUUGAUGUCAAGCAGCGGCAUUGUGGAGAUGGCCGGUGAGAGACACUUUGUUAACGACGUUGAGGAGGCACUGCGCUUGACUGAGUACGAAGAGAGUGUCACUGGAGAAUCCAGCAGACAUCGUGAGCUCUAG